CAUCUACUAUACUAUCAAUAAAAAUCAUAUACAUUGUGCUCAAUCUACACUGCAACAGCAACACCUAUACGUCCUAGACUCAGUUAAUCGUUAAAAACAGGCGUUAUGUACACACACACACACACACAAACUCAUGUACAUACUAUUGAAUCAUAACUAAAAAAAGUGUACGAGGAUACAUUUAAAACCUUUUCAGUAUAGCAUACUGAUAUUAAUACUCAUUAUCAGUUUUUAAUUUUAACAAGUGAACAAUUAAUAUCAAGUACUAAUCAUUCAUUUAGCAAUAAAAAAUAGUGUGUGGUUUUAAAUUUAAUAACUUGCAACCUUUUGUGAUGAUAAAAUAGUGCAAUCGUCUGUUAGGUUAGUAGAGCGAUAUUUAUGAGUUUUAUCCCGUCGACCAUUGAAAACUAUCGUGAAUAAUUUUUUUAUUUAUAUAAAUAUGGAUAAAAGUAAAGUAUAAUUUAUCAACAAUAAUAAUAACAACAGGCCAACAACUAUAUCAUCAGAGAUAAUUCACUCAGUGUAUAAUAACAAUGUCAUAAAUGGAUAUAAUAACUAAAAAAUAAAUACCAGUAUUAAACAGCAUCAUUAUCAACAUUAGUUGAAAAAGUGCAUGUUGAAAGUGGACAUUAUUAUUUAUUAGUGAAUUUUCUUUUUUUUAAAGUCAUUUAACUCUCGGCAUUGCGUGUCUUCAGAAGCCCACGAUAUGCAAUAUCUAUAAAUCACUGAGGAGAAGAAUUAAUCAAUAAAGGAGAAGUAUAAUGAUCUCACAAUCCGAGUCCUAUCAACAAAUGUGCAAACGUUUUAUUGAUAUGCGAUGAGUGGUGGUGGUUUUCGAGGACGAGGAUUUGGACCACACGGGGCACGUUACUCUAGUCCUCAGCAGUCUGGUAGCAGACAUGAUGAUCAGAGAAAUACGCCUCGAGGACGUGGUAAUUAUCAGCGAAAUAACUUCAAUAGUUCAUCGAGACAAGAUGACAAUUGGCAGCGAUCGUCACAGCAGCAAAGAUAUACGCGAUGGGAUCAGGGAUCUCAUCCUCAACCAUGGGCAAAUUCACAUGGACGAAGUGAUCACUUUCAGAAUUCUGUAAGAUAUCCGUAUCAACAACAUAAUUCGUCCUACCAGCAAAGAAAUAAUCGUCCAUAUGGACGUGGCAGAGGAGGAAGUAACGAUGGUUACGGGUAUUCCGGAUCACGUGGCCCUUCAAAUUUUUAUUCUCCUUAUUAUAAUGCUCCAUUUAGAGAAAGAAAUUAUGAGCAGCAGUUUGAAAAGGAGCCAGAAGAGCCAGCAGAGCCAGCAGUGCCUUUGCUGGGCUCUGAAGAAGAACGUCAGCAAAAGAUAACAGAAGCUGCUGACGAAUUAAAAAGAAAAUUAUUGUCCAAUCGUUUAAAUUCUCCGAUUGAACCAAAUUGGUAUGAUGAUUUUAAUUUAGAUACCCCAAAUAAAGACGAAGAUGAAGAAAAUGUCGUAAAAGCAAAACCUGAGCUUAAACAUGGUCCACCCGAACUAGAUUUAACCGUCAGUGAAUUAAAAGACAUCGGUAGAGUAGAUUUUGAUAAUACAGUUAACUUAUCAAAUGCGUCCGAUAAUAAUUACGAUGAAGCGCCAGUUGAAAUAGUGGAUGACUUAGGCUCAUGGAACAAUCUGUCAGCAGAUCCGCAUGCUGAUGUUGAUGACCAACCAGCAAUUGAAGAUGACUGCAUUGGUGCUUCUGAAACUAUUGAUGAACUGUCUGGUACCAUUGUUGAUUCAUUCGAUGAUUUUCACUUGGAUAAUUUUGAGAUAGCGACUCUUAAAGUUCGCGACCCUCUGACUUACGACGAAUCAACAACAACUGCUUUAUCAGACACAGCUUAUACAACAGAUGCUGCAGUUCUGGAGACAACAAGUGUCACUGACACUUUAACCAGAAAUGAUUCAUUGAAUAAUUUCGGUGAUAAUGAUGUAACAAGUGAUAAAAAUGAAACAACACCUGAUAAGAGUGAAGUAACGAGUGAACUUCAUGACUCAAUGCACUAUACCGUCCAAAUAUCAUCAACACAGUUACAAUCACCAGAGCAUCAUGAAUUUUCAACAGAUAAUACAUCUCGAAAAUUAUCUGAGACGAUUGAAAGUAAAUCGUCAAGUCAGUCGAAGUCCAAGACUAAGAAAAAAAGAAAACCGAUGGAUGUUAUUCAAGCGCCUCCAUCCUCUCCAUUACAAUCACCUAAACAGACUGACGACUUAAGUCAUAAAGAAGACAAAGUUGAUGAACCCAGUUUGUCAACAAAUUUUGCAAUAAAUGAUGUUAAGAAUGACUCAAAUAAACAAACAAACUCGCCAAUUAAAAAUAAACCUGGAGGAAGACAACCAAAUAAACAACCGGCACAACGUAGUGGAACGUAUCAAACUACUGGAGCUGAAGAAUUUCAUCUACCAGCUGCAUUUGAUCCAAGGCGAAGCAGUAAUUUAUCUCUUUCAACGAUGGUACCGGAAUUUGAUCCGCAAUUACCUCCACCUAUGUUAACUCACAACGCUCAUAUGCCAUCAAUGCCAAUGAUGAAUCCUGCAAUGAACAUGCAAGCUCCGAUGGCUAGUUUUCCACCACCACAUUCAAGCUACACGCCAAUGGUACCUUACGCAGCGCCAAUACCACUCUCAUAUCCACCUGUAAUUCCACCAGUUGAGUAUUCAUCAGUUUCAUUGUCUCAAGUAUCUUUACCUCUUUCGCUAGCUGAGGAAACAAUCGAUAAUCAAGCUUCUAAUAAGCCAGAUGUAAAUGGAGACUCUAAUGUCAGUGUUGAUGAUUUACUCGGUGAUAUGCAAAAAGCUAUGGAAUUCGCUGAGCAGUGUUUACAUAGCAACUCAAAUGAUGCUAUCGAAUUUCCUACUCUACCAAAUCUGCCGGAACUACCACCAUUGCCGGAAACAGAAGCGCCGACAACCAAAAAGAAGAAAAAGAAAAAGAACAGAAAUAAAUUUGAACCACCUAAAGAUUAUGGACCACUUCAAAAUCCCAAUCUUGAUGGUAAUAAUUUAAUUGUUGCUAACGAGGAAACUGUGACAACAACAGAAAUUCCAAUGGAAGUUUUCACCGCUACAACAAAACCGAUAAAAGCGAUAACAACGCCAAUAACUACCGCAGCAGCAAUUACGUCAGAUACAACUCCAGUGACAACAUCUCUAGAAUCUAUGAUGACAUCCAAAACCUCGAUAACAUCUAAAGCAUCUGUAACAUCAAAAUCAUCAACCACAACAACAAAGGCGUCAAUAACAACUUCAAUAACAACCACAAAAGCUCCAGAAACAACAGCAAAGACGUCAAUAACAGCUCCAAAAACAACAAAAAUUCCGGGAACAACAACCAACACAGCAACUACUACAACAACAACAAAAACCUCUUUAAUGUCAUCAACAAAAUCUUCUGAUAAUAAAAUUACAGACGAAGAUGCAACAGAUGAUCUGAAAAGACGAAAAGUUAUGUUUAAUUUAAAUUCCAAAUUUAAAAAGAUAAGUAAUAAAACUGACGAUUGGUUUGGUAAUGAACCUCCAGAAGAAGAUUCUAAAACAAAGCUCAAAAGACUAAAAAUUCUUUUACAACAAGAAUCAGACGCUGAUAUCAUGGCUACAACACUCACUACUCCAACUGUUGCUGUCAAUGAUUCAAGUGGUGGUAGUUUUAAGUCAAAACAAUCAUAUCAUGAAAGUGAUAAGGUAAACAAUGAAUCCGAAAAAUCAAUAACUGAAUCUAAUGAACGUGACCACAAAAAGUCAAAAGAUAAAACACGUAGCAAACCAGAAAGGCGUGAAAGUCGUAAAGCUAGUGACAAAAGUGAAAUUUCGCUGGAUAAAAACAAUAAACAUGUGUUGAGAAAAAUUAGUAAUGAUAACAAUUACAAAACCAGCUGUACUGCUAGCAGUAGUGCCGGUCAACCAAGUACGUCAAAGCCUGAAAAAGUAAACGAUCACAGUCAUAAUGAUCAUCAUAAUACACAAACCGAAAGUAGUGAUUCGAAAACACCACACGCGUCGUUAUCAACUUGGAAAAAUCGUGUAAUAACUCGAUUUUUACGUAUGAGUAAGAAUGACAUACAAAAUAUGAUAAACAAUUCGAGCUUGCGUAAAUUUGACAUUGCAAUGCAGAGUCUUGUUAAAGAAAAAAAAUCGUCAUUGUCAUUGGAAAUGCGUUUGAACGAGGAUGAAAAAAUGAAGAAUAGUACUCAUGAAAAUUAUGAAAAUGAAGACUUUAUGAGCCAAUUGCAGGCAAUACUUGAUCCAGCAGCAACAAUAGACAUUACCAACUUGCCAACGACAUUUAUUCAUCAGCUAAGUGAAGUUCUUCAUUUAGACCCACUGCCUCCUGAUAAUGAUGAGUUAAAUUGUGAUAAGGCGAGUUUACGUUUGGCAUUGAACCUAGAUAACCCGUCAACGUCAAAUAGUGAAAUCGAUUAUAAUGCAGCAGGUGUAAGUAGUGGUAGUACCAGUGUCAGUGAAUCGUCACGAUUUGCGGGAACAAAUACACCUGCUAACGUUGCUCAUAUUACUACAACACAUGAUGUUACAGCAAAGCAGCGUAAGAUCGAUAAUAGGGUGAGUAAAGACACAACUAAAAACUCUGUGAACCCAACUAACCCCACACUAUAUACUAUUCGAACUCGUACCAAACGGACUGAUGUUGAUCCAACACCAAGUGGUCAACAACAUUGUAGCAAUACUUCUUCUCCGUCACAACCAGUGUCAACAUCAUCAUCAACAUCGACUUCUAAAUUAGCUCCAAUUUCUAAAUCAGUAUCAACAUCAACGUCUAAGCCAGCAUCUAAGUCAGCCGUGCCACCAGUAACAGCAACAGCUUCAAUUCCAGCAGCUCCAUCAGCUAUAUCAACGAUAAUAACAACAGCGCCAAUAUCAACGUCAAAAGUAACGACCCACCAUGCAGAAAACUUCAAUAUGAAUGACCUAGAUGAUAUAUUCAGCGCUGGUAUAGCACGUGCUAAAACAGUUAAAUCACAAGCGGCAGUAGCAGCACAAGCGUCGAAUGUAAAACCCGUACCUCAAUCCAGUACUGAACGUUUAAUGCCAAUUGUGGAAAAUAAACCAAUACUGAGGCGGAUUGAAACGCCAAUUGUUGAAAGAGUUGAAAGACAAGCAGUGGAAUUGGAUAAAAUAUUUACUGCUGGUAUCGCUAAAGCUAAGGCUGCGUCUUUAAAAAAUGCGGCUUCGUUUGCAAAUAUGGUUGAUGAUCUACACGACAUGAGGGAGUACAGAACGCAACGUGAUUCUUCACGUGAAUCAAGCAGCAAUUCUGGUGGUGUGUGGAAACGUAAAGUUAUUAUUGACGAUCCCGACAACUUUCGUAAUUUAACUAAAGAAGAGUAUGAAGCUAGGCACGGAGAGCCGCCUUAUGCGUCUUACUACGAAGACGAGUAUAAAGAUUUUGCAGCAGUACGGGCACGCAGACUUGCAAUGAACGGACGUGAGUCUAUACCACCGAGUUACGGGGUCGAUAAUUCUUACUUUAACUUCUCACCUCAAUUCGGUAAUUCUCAACAUAUAUCCAACCCAGAUGAAAGCGAAGACGAAGAACACAGUUUGGCGGGCAGUGAAUCAAGCAGUUGGAGCAGUUCAAGCUCCGGUAAUGAAGACAAUGUUGAGUUAGAUGUUUCAAAAGUUUUGAGGUUUAUAAAAGAGCGUGAAAAAAUUGCUAAAAUAAAAUCAAUAAAUGAUGAAAUAAGAGACGAAGUUAACGCUGAAAUUGAAAAGAAACGCCGAGAAAAGAAUGCAAGACACAAAUCACACAAGUCGCGUUCCAAGAAGCGAGAUAAGCGCAAGAAAGACAAAAAAGGUAAAAGAAAAAAGCUUAAGAAAAAGAAGCGACGUCGGGGCUAUCACUCAUCACCAGUCACUGAUAAUCCAGAAGAACGCCCGCUGUGGUUAUUACGAGAGGAUGAAAUUAAAAAAGAACCUAAAGAAGAUGAAAUUUUCGCCAAAGAACUUGAACCACCACGCGCUGAUAAUUGUCCCAAACAAGCAAUAAUAGCAGCAAUAACUAAAACAGCUCCGCCAAUGAAUGUAAAUAAAAAUAUACGAGCACCAGUGUCUGUAUCUGCUGGUACAAAUGUACAAAGCUCAUCAGCAUCUACGCCUGCUUCCAUGACGGCUGUAAGUAAAAAUAUACAUACUCAAUCAAUGUCCACAGCUGUGACUACGCGAAUAUCUACUUCGAUUGCUACCUCGACAGCUAAAUCUGUUUCAACUCCAACUCCUUUACCUUCACUAACAACACAAAAAUCAAUAUCUACUGACUCGCCUGUCACAUCAUCAUCAACAAACUUAAGUUCUGGGGUUACGAAACCUACAACCUCAGGUCUCAUUAAAGCGACAUUGACAACAACUUCUACGGCAACAUCUCCAUUGAGAGUAGUCACAACAUCUUGUACUUCAUCUAAUACUAGCUCAGCACAAUCUCCAGUGACAUUCACUAAAACAAAAGCUCAGCUGAAGCAAAUGCCCGAAAUAGUACAGCAAAAUAAUAAAUCAACUUCAUCAUUAGCUUCAAUAGAGCAACCUGUUGUACACUCAACAUCUGACAAUGCAGGGACAAGUUCAAUAAAUUCAACAAAUGUACAAACACCGUCGCCAACCUCUUCAACUUCUUCAGUGUCAUCGAUCUGUAACACCACUAUGACGAUGACAACAACAACAACAACAACAACAACAACAAUAACAACAACAACAACAACAACAAGUAAUUUGAAAACACGUAAAUUAGACAUUAAAGCGUAUAAAGAGCGGGCAUUGCAGCGUAAAAUCAAGGAGCAAGAAACAAUGAGACGUGUUGCUGAAAAUCCGAGUCAAUUGACGCAGAAUUUACUUAAUUUGCCAACUAAAAAGAAGAAGCCCGUAGCCAUAGAAAAUUCAAGCCAAGUAAUUCCUCAGGUAAAACCUACUGUUACUUCAGAAGUAAAUGUUACUCAACCAACUAAAGUCAGCAGUUCGACAGAUAUUUUGAUUAAAGAAUCAAUUAAUCCUGAGACUGAUCCCAAAAACGCUAAAACUUUGAUGCCACAGUCAAAAAAGCAACCGGUUACUCCAGAAAAGCCGGCAGCUGAUGCUUCCAAACCUGUUAUAUCGACAACUCCGCGUAAACUUAAACGCAAGACCCCAUUGAUAACAGACAAUCCAUCGUACGCAGAACCCGUAGUGUCGGGAGAGGUUAAUAAGUUUGUAAAUAUAAAAUCCGAAGGUGGAAAGGAACUUAAAUUGAGAGAAAAAGUUAAAAAUCGUCCGUCAAAACCAGCAGCUGCUGAUGCACAAGAGGUUGUUCCUAAAAAAAUAACACCAGCAGCGCGUAAAAAGCGCAAGAGUUCUACGAAUUUAGCUACUGUUAUACCCGAGACGACUGCAGAUGAGUCAAUAAAAAAUAAUCUAAGUGAGACCCCUCGGAAAACAUCACAAUCGGCGGGUCCAGAAGCCAUUAAACCAAUUGACAGCGAUGCUAUUGAAUCUGCUAAAUCUGAUAAUAGUGAAUCAAUUGAAAAGAAAAAUGCGUUACAGCCAACAAAAGUUUCCGUAGACACAAAGACAACUAAUAAACGUAAAAAGUCGUUGAUAAAUAUUGAAACAGACGUAUCGAGCGAAAAACAAAAAGUAGAAGCUGAACGAAAACAAGAGAAAAGCGGUGAAGGAAAAAUUAAUUCAUUAAAUGUGAGCGCUGUUGAUAGCUGUGAGUUAAAAAUAAACAAAAGUCCAAUGGCCUCAUUCUCACACUAUUUCAAACCAUCAAAAAAUUUAAUGAAAGAUGAUUUACCGAAUUUAGUUGCUGUUGAAAGAAUGGAAAUAAAAGAUAAAUUGCCCGUAAUUUCAGAAACACAAUUAUUAAUUACUAAUAGUGAUGAUAAUAAUUCAACAGUGAAAACGGAUGUUACUUAUGUGUCAGAAGUACCAAGUAUAAGUAAAUCGAUAAACAUUGAAUCACAACAACCUGUUAAGAGUACGGUUAACUUAUUGCCUUUGUCAGAUAAACGGAUAGAGAUAGAACUUUCUGGUGUAAAGGAGACGCCGAAUAAAGAAAAAAUUUUAAGAGAAAAAGAGUUAGCUCUUGAUGAUGAUAAAGAAGAAGAAGCAACCUGCAGUGUUACUAGUGCGGAAGUGCCUCCAAUGAAUGAUCAAAUAAGUGACAUAGAUAGCAAGGUUAUUUCACCACCUGUAGAGGAAAUUAAUCAAACGAAGGAAGUCUUUACAAAAACCGAUAAACUUGGAGAUGCAAGCCAAGGUACAGUUAAAAUAAACACCGAUCCAGAUCGAGUUGAGGACCUUUUUAGUGACAAUUUACUGAGUAAUCAUGAACCAGAGGAAGAUAUUGUUAAUUUUGUGACCAGUGAAUUAAGUAACGACUUAUCAAAGACAGAGAAAAUAGAGGCUACAUCAUCGGUAUCACCAGUAUGUAGUAGUACAUUGACGCUGAUUGGGGUAGGUUCUUCAUCUCUGUCAACUGAAAAUCUUACCACUAUUCUUUUACAUCCUCAAGAAAGUCCUGUAAAAUCAUUAAACUCUGCUGAUACGGAAUGCAUAUUGGGAUCUAAUGCUGCUGUAGUUGAUCCAAUGAGAAAUAUUGGCGACAUAACAGCCGCAACUUUAUCAGAAAUCUCAGAGGACUCAUUAAAUUUUGAAAAAUCAUACUCACAAGGUUCAUUACCAGAUGUGGAUCCUUUGUCUGAAUGCGCAAAUAAGUAUGACAAAAUAGACGUUCUGAGCUCCAAAGAACCCGAUGAUCUAUGUAUUGCUAAUUUAUCAGGCGAUGUUUCUCUAGCAGAUCUCAAAGAAGGUAAAUUGAGUGAAAAAUUAACAGAUACUUGGAAUAUACUGGACAAUGCGGAUGAAUUGAAUGAAGAAGGACUUGGUUCUAUUGAUGAUACUGAUAAAUCAUUUAUUUCAGAUCUACCACUUGACGCUCCUUCGUCGCCGGCUACUGACAACUGUUUCAAAGAAUACUCAUCGCAGUCAGUUGUUCUUCAUGACCAGGUGUUGACAGCAGAUAAUCCAAGAAGUUCAUUUUUGGAAGACCCGUUGGUUUUUUCAACGACUAAAGACUUUCCUACUUCAGACGGACUGGAGUUUGAAGUUCUUGAAGACACUGGUGUUAUGGUAGAGCCUAUUUAUGAGAAUCAAUUGGCAGAUACAUCAUCUAUUGAUGCUAUAGAGGAUGUACCGUCUGAUCAACCAUUCGUUGAAGACGAAGAAGUUGUAGGUGCUCUCGCUCUGACGGCGCUGGACAAUCCUUGUCUGUCUUCUGUGCUGGAAACGGACUUUGUUACUGACCAAAAUACUGCACAAAUAAGCAUUGAAGGCAGCGUGAGUCCUUCAAUUGCUGAUAAAGAACUGAUAAAAGUAAUCGAAGGAACGUCUCCUGAACGUUUGCCGUCGCCGAUAUUACAAGGGCAAUCCUUUGUUGAAGAUGAAUCUGACACUCCUGCGAUUGAGGAAGCUCCUGUGCCAGAAGUGUGUGAUGAAGGGAACAAAAUCAAUGAAACAGCAAAGGAUCAACCUACAUUAGAUGACAAUCUAACCGAAAUUGAUAGUGAAACAUUCAGAUCAUUAAAUAAUCUUAAAAAUUCUAUUACAACUGAUGCAACCGUAGCUGAUGAUUUUAGUGCGGUAAAAGAAAAUUUAGCUUCUGAGCUAGAUGAUGAUGCAGCUGCAUCUAAAGAAGAUACUGCUACUGUUGCCGAAGCAACUGCUGAAACGACUGAAAGUAUUAAAUUAGUUGAAACUCCAGCUGCUGAGCAAGUAGAUCUUAAAAAGUCAUUACCUGAAACUUCAACUCUAAGUUCAUUACCAAAAGAAUUGCCAGUCACAAAAUCCGACAAAGACGAAGAUAAGCAUUCAUCACAGAAAAGUAAUAGUAGUAAGUCAUCAACGCCUCCACGUGAACACAAGAAACACAGAAAACACCAUCAUGAACGUAAAAAAUCUAAAAUAACUAUAGAGAAAGUAGAAGAAGCGAUUACUGAAAAUAUUGUUAAACUAGUACCAAAACCAACAACUAAAGACGAAGUGAUGACCAGAAUGCAGGAGAUUGACAUAACUAUCCAAGAACUGAUGAACGAAAAAAUGAGGCUUUACCAAAUGUUACAAACUGACAAAUGGCCCAUUACUCAACCGGCAGCUUCAUCAAAGCCAGGACCUAAGUCUAGUAAAUUAAGAGCACCGGCAAUUUCCAAGAGUGCGAGAGUAAUAGUUUCAAGACUUACGGAUAAUAAAAUAAAACAAGUCUCACCUGAGACAUCACCACUUAAACAGGACACUAGUCCUUCUAAAUCAGAGACCACUUCGACGAUAUCCAGUCUUGCAACGACUUCCAAGACAUUAAAGAUGGAUGAUAAAAAAUCUAAAACUGCUGACGAGAGCUCGGUUGUUAAAUCAGGAAAGAAAAGGAAGCACCGUGAAGAUAAAGAUCACGCUAAGAGUAAAGAACCACGGCUGGAAGGAACUGCAGAGACAAACAAAAAACGUCAUCACUCUGAUGCAUCUCAUCGCAAGCAAAAGAAAACAGAGCCUGCUAAUGUGGUAGCUUCUGCUGCCAAUAAACAGCGGGAAGAAUCACCACGAAAACAUGUUAAAUUAAGUCAAAUACUUAAAGGCGAUAUGAAGCCAAAAGCCAGCAAACGCAGAUCUCCGAGUCCCGUUGAAGCUCAUCCAACAGAACAGCCAGCUUCAAGCCGUAAAUCACGAUCAGUCAGUGCUGAGAAGAAUGUACAGAAAGAUCUGAAAGCUAAAGUUGAUCGAGAAAAAUCUCCGAUUGAUGAUAAUGUUAAAAAUACUCCCGCUGAAGAAAUAAUAUCGAGUCAUACUGAAAAAACACCCUUGAAGUCUCAUAUUAUUACAGGGCUUAAAGAUCAAAGCUUAAUUUAUUCUGACGACAGCACUUGGGAUACAUUUGAUAGUGCAAUGAAACAUGAACGACCAACUGGUUUGAUGCUGCUGGAAGAAAGUAUGAAACGUGAAAAGGCUGCUAGGAAGAAUAAAUACAUCGAACAGAAGAAGAAACAGUUAAACAAGAAGACUCUGGAUGCCCCAGCGCUUUCUGAAGAUGAAGAAGAACUUCCUCUUGCUGAGCUGAUGUCUAAGAAGAGGUUGCAGCGCAAAAAAUUACAACAGGCUGUUAAAAAGAAUGUCAGUAAGGCUAGUGAAUCUUUAAAGAACGAAAAUAUUGCCGAUACUAAUAAAAGUGUCAGUAAAGUCGAAGAAACAUCUUCCAAAAUAAGUAAAGAUGAUGUUUCAAGUAAAACAAGCAGCAUUAGUGGAGUUGAAACGUCUACUAAGAGUAGUGAUAAUUAUGUUAGUAAUGAAGAAGUAUUUUCAAAAGAUAGCAGUAGUUCUACUGCCCAAAUAUCGACUACUCAAAGUAAAAGUUUCAAUAGUAAUGAACCACCAAAAGAUCAUCUACUCGAAAUUAUUGAUGCUGUUGCGGAGAACCGUGUUGGAGAUCUAUCUGACAGCUUGAAGAAAUCUAAAAAAGAAUUGAAACAGAAAGACUCUGAGAUGGAAGAUAAUGUGAUUGUAGCGGAUGAAAGAGAAACUGUUACUAUUACGCUAAAGAACGAUAAGAUAGAGCAAGCUGAACCGCAAUCGAGAUGUAAUGUUAAUCCUGGUCCAGCUGUUGAUUCUCCGAAACCAUUGCCUGAAAAUGAUGAGGACUGUGAUGCUGAGGAAAGUAUUCCAGAGGAAGCUGAGUGGACAACGCUUGAUUCUAUUGGCUUUGUUGAUGACGAUAGCCAACAUACUGCUUCAGAUGUUAGAUCUGUUGUUAGUGAGCAGGAUAAAAAUAACAAAGGUGAUGGCGACUCUUUGGAUACUGCGAAGGAACAUGGUACGAAAGAAGCAACGGUCAAUGAUGAUAAAGAGAAUCAACAGAAAAAGUUACUUCAAGACUGGGACGAAUUAUCAAUUAUUUCGGAUAAAGACUUUGAUAAUGAUAACUGUGAUAUCAAUAAAAAAAAUGAUGAGUCUGAAGAAAUCAUCGAUAAAAAGACUGGUGAGAGUAUGACGACGAAAAUUUCAGGUGAGGAUCAAUCCAUGACGACGGAGGACCUAGUGCAACAAAAGGAGAGUAAUAAAGACUCUACGGCGAAUAAAAUUGAUAAUGAUUCUCUACCCACGCGAUUUGAUGAUACGGUUGAAAGACCAAAAUCUACUGUUCAAGAGUUGUUGAGAUCUAAGACUCCUCUUCCGACUGUCAGUCAAGAAUCUUCAUUGGUUGAUGAUGAAAAAGACGAGAGUAAUGUUGAAGGUGAAGUUGAAUCUGAUAAGAAUGCUCUAAUGCCUGAUGAAAAAGAAGAAGAUAAAGUACAGACAAUGAAUAAAAAAUAUAAGACAGUUGAAAUUAGAUUGCAAAGGUCUAAACCUAUUGUCAAAGAAUCGCCGAAAUCAAAAACUACGGUUAAAAGUGUCCAGCGAAAUCCUCUGUCAUCCAGUGAUGAAGAUGAAAUUGAAAAAGAAAUAAUUUCCAGUAAAAAACACAAGCGAGUAGAAAUUGAAGAGAGACCGAAAUCAACAGUGAAAGAAUUGGAGAGAUCUAAGUCUACAGUGAAAGAAUUAGAGAGACCUAAGUCUACAGUUAAAGAAUUGGAGAGACCUAAGUCUACAGUGAAAGAAUUAGAGAGACGUAAGUCUACAGUUAAAGAAUUAGAGAGACCUAAGUCUACAGUGAAAGAAUUGGAGAGACCGAAGUCAACAGUGAAAGAAUUAGAGAGACGUAAGUCUACAGUUAAAGAAUUAGAGAGACCUAAGUCUACAGUGAAAGAAUUGGAGAGACCGAAGUCAACAGUGAAAGAAUUAGAGAGACCUAAGUCUACUGUCAAAGAACUGAGAUCGAAAACUCCGAUACCUCGAAGGUCUUUGAUAAGUGACAAUGAAGAUGAUGAAGACGAGGAGGAUGAUGUUGAACGUGAAAUAAUAAGUGAUAAAUCUAAAACUGUUGAAAUAAAUGAAAGACCGAAGUCAACAGUUAAAGAACUUGGAAAACCUAAAUCUAUCGUGAAAGAUUCGUUGAGAUCUAGAUCUCCAAUGCCAAAUAACAAUCAGAAAUCUGUAUUGCAUAACGAAGAUGAUGAUAAUGAUGAUGCAAAUGAAGACGAAAUUGUAAUGAGUAAAAAGCACAAGAGAGUAGAAAUUGAAGAGAGACCAAAGUCUACUGUGAAAAAACUAGAACGCCCUAAAUCUACUGUGCCGGAAUUGUUGAGAUCUAAAACACCGGUUCCGAGUCUUCAUCAAAAAUCUUUGUCCGACAACGAUGAAGACUUCAAUAAUGAUGAUAAAGAAGAAGAUUAUGAUGACGAUGAAGAUGAUAUUGAUCGUGAAAUCACAGCAAGUAGAAUACAAAAAGUAGUCGAGGUUGAAGUAGAGAGACCAAAGUCAACGGUUAAAGAAUUAUUGAGGUCUAAAACUCCAAUGGCAAGCAUCAAUUUCGAAGAAGACAAUGAAGAUCUUGAAGAUGAAAUUGUGUUAAAUAAAAUACACAAGAGAGUGUCAAUUGAGAUUGAGAGACCCAGGUCAACAGUCAAAGAAUUGGAGCGACCUAAAUCGACAGUUAAGGAAUUAUUGAGAUCUAAAACUCCAAUUCCAAGUAUGGAUCAAAAGACUAUGUCAUAUGACAGCGAUGAAGAUGAUGUUGAACGUGAAAUAGAAAACAUAGGUGAAAAGCAAAAAAGAGUAGAGAUUGAAGAAAGACCAAAGUCAACUGUUAAAGAGCUAGAACGACCAAAAUCUACGGUGAAAGAAUUGCUGAGAUCUAAGACGCCGAUAAAGAGCCUUGAUAUUCAAAAGUCUGCAGUUGAUGAUGAAGAUGAAGAAGAAGAAGAAGAGAUUGUACAAGCUUCGGCUAAAAAACAAAAGAAAGUAGAGAUAGAUGAAAGACCUAAGUCAACUGUUAGAGAGUUAGAACGGCCAAAAUCCACGGUUAAAGAAUUGCAAAGAUCUAAGACCCCAGUAAAGAGUCUUGAUGCUCUAAAAUCCGUAGUUGACAAUGAAGACGAAGAAGAAGAGAAUGAAAUCGUUCAAACAUCAACUAAGAAACGGAAAAAGAACCUCGAGAGACCGAAAUCAACGGUAAAAGAAUUGGAACGACCAAAGUUUACGUUAAAAGAUUUAUUCAGAUCAAAAACUCCAAUGCCGAGCUUCGAUGACCAAAACUCUUCUUUCGAAGAUGAUGAAGAAGAAAAUAUUUUUGAACCAGUGACUAGGAAACGUAGGAAAAAGGAUAAAAAUGCAGAGAGACCUAAAUCAACUGUACGAGAGUUAGAGAGACCCAAGUCGACGGUGAAAGAGUUACUGAGACCUAAAACUCCUGCUAAAGGUAUCGACGACGAGAAGUCUUCUACACCUGGCGCUGAGAACGAAGAUGAGCCAGUCACCAAGCGACGUGGUAGAUUUGCUAAGAACAGAAAAAUGGCGUCGAAUCGCAGAGGUUCUCGACAGUCUGACGACAGCAAUAAAACAACAUCUCGUUCCAGGCGUGUUGGCAAAUCACCCAGUUCUCGUGACGUUUCUCCGCCUCCUGAAAUUGACACUGCUGCGACAACGAUAGCUACCACGGCGUUAAAUAAAAAGCGUCCAACAUCUGGUGGAUCUUCUAGUUCAGUGAGCAGUAGGAAGCGAGGAGCAGCUGCAUCACCAAAAAUACAACAACAAUUAGAUAAUAGUCGUUCUAAUCGUCGUGGACGAAAAAGAAGAAAUAAUAAAUUAAAUUAUGAUCCAGCGGAAAUGAUGAAGUGUAAAGUGACACUUGUUGAUUGUAAACGUAUUUGUCUGAGACCUGAAUCACAUUCAGAUUUUCUACAGCAGUAUGGUGUUACCAAAAUAAAUAUACGUAAAUUAUCAACGUCAUCUUCUUCGUCGGCAUCGUCGUCGAGGGAAGAGGUUGAUCAAGUUGUCGAAGAGCUACCAGAGACAGUUCGAAGCAAUGAUGACAGUAAAGCAGCCGAGACUUACAAUCUCAAUAAAUCUGUUUUAAUGGAUGAAGAAAAAAAUUUAACUGAUGAUGAAAAAAUGAGCGAUGAUGAUAAAACACACAGUGAUGAUGACUCUAUGGAAUUUAUAAGGGUUGAAGAGACUGAGGACACUUUAGGGUCGUGCUCGAAUAUUCAAGAUUCUAGGGGGUCUCGUCUUUCGUCGAUGAAUGAUUUUGUAUCGUCACCGCAUGAAAAUGAUGAGCUGCCGGCAUCUGACUUUGAGGUCAUCAAUGAUGACGAUGACGACCACGAAGCUUCAGACAUCGAAGUUCUUGAAAAAGAAAUUCCAGUACCUAGCAAUACCAUCCAGCCCUCGCCCUCGUCGUCGUCGUCGGUGCCCGAAGAAAAAGAAAGCAGCUCAGAGCCUCGUAGGACACAGUACACCGUUCACAAAGGACCUAUUCUUGAUAUAAAGGUAUUCGGUGAUUCAUUUUUGGCAGCAAGUGAGGAUGGAGCAAUAUAUCGUUACAGUCAAAGGUCAAAUGGUAUAUUAAAUAUCUAUAAAGGUCACGAAGCAGCAGUGACGUGUCUCUAUGUCCACGAGGUCCCAGUCCCUGGCAGUACCAAUAAACGAUGGAAUUUGUUUUCUGGCUCACUUGAUGCAACGCUCAGGUGUUAUGAUAUUAUGAGCGGUACACUAAACCGAAAUGUUGCUCAAGUCGGAAGCCCGGUACAAUGUAUGGAUGAAGCAUGGGGAAGUAUAUUCAUCGGCACAAAGUCUGGACAUAUUUCACGCUAUGACAUCAAAUCUGGGUGUUUGCGUGAAGAAAAACUAGACUUCUCUGACAAACCUGUGCUGGCGCUUCGCGCAUCCACUGAGGGUGUCAGAAAAGUUCUGAUUGUUGCGUCCCGUAACCAGCCAAUUACUAUUAGAGAUGCACAAAAUGGUUUAUUUUUACGUACAAUAUCUGGACAAAGAAACCACACAGUUUAUAGUUUGCUGAGAGAUCGUAAUCUUGUUUAUUGCGGAACUAGUAAUACAUCUAUACCUGUCUUCGAUUUUAUUAGUGGAGAACAAGUAAUGCAGUUCACUGCUGGUGUUGGCAUCGUUUGUAUGCGUCUUUAUAAACAGUUGUUGUUUGCUGGCUGUUAUGAUGGAAAUAUUUACGUCUUCGAUACAAAGGAGCCUAAAUUAUUAUGUAGCAUUCCUGGUCCCGGUAAUAUGCUUUUAAGCAUGGAAAUUGUAGAUGACGAGAUAAUAGCAGGCAGUAAGGACCGACGAUUGCACGCAUGGCAGAUGCCAGACCAAAUACGAGUAAUCGUCAGCGAGCGUACGUAAAAUUAAAAUGACUGCGAAUGAAAAAAAAAAAAAAA